AUGAGUGGCGCGGCGACGGAUUUCAAGCUGAGCGCGGUCCUGCGCGGCCACAAGAGUGAUGUCCGUGCCGUCCUACUUCCUGAUCCCUCCUUUGCAGCAACAGCGUCUCGCGAUGGCUCAACCAGAGUCUGGAAACGAACGUCCACAUCCCCGCCGACCUACGACGACACGGAAUCAUCCCACGGCGCACAGUUCAAGACCUGUCUCGCUUAUAUCCCCCCCUCCAAAGAAUACGAAGAUGGUCUGAUUCUGUCUUCCGGUCAAGAUGCGCUCAUCGAAGCUCGACAGCCAUCGUUAACAGCUGACAUGAAUGCGGACGCUUUCAUGGUGGGGCACAGCAACCAGGUCUGCUCGAUAGAUGUGUGUGCGCCGGCAAACUACUUUGUGAGUGGCAGUUGGGACGCUACAGCAAAAGUGUGGGAGAUUGGCAGAUGGGAGGUCGCGUAUGAUCUGACAGGGCACACGGCCACGGUUUGGGCAGUGCUCGCUUUCAGCAGAGAGACAAUCGUCACCGGCUGUGCUGACCGUGCGAUCCGAGUCUUUGAUAUCCGAGGCAAGAUGUUGAAUUCAUGGGACGGUCAGGACAUUGUUCGCGCUCUGGCAAAGCUACCCGAAGGCCAUCGUACAGGUGCUCAGAUUGCCGCCGCAACAAAUGAUGGCAUUGUCCGUCUCUGGAACCUGAAAGGCGAGCUCAUUGCCUCGUUGGUUGGCCACGAGUCCUUCAUAUACUCCUUGGCUGUACUUCCUUCAGGUGAAAUUGUGAGCUCUGGAGAAGAUCGAUCCGUCCGCGUCUGGGACGGGCAGUCCUGUAUCCAGGUCAUUACGUUGCCGGCCAUCUCAGUCUGGUCGGUGUCUACCGCUCCAAAUGGCGACAUCAUUGUUGGCUCAAGCGACAAGACGGCACGCAUAUUCACGCGUGACCCGGAGAGGGUGGCCGAUGCGGAAACACUUGCGGCGUUUGAAGAGUCUCUGCAAGCAUCGAGCAUUCCUCAACAGACUGUAGGGCAGAUCAAUGUGACAGAUCUCCCGGGUCCUGACUUCCUCAAACAAAAGGCCGGUUCCAAAGAAGGCCAGAAUCAAAUGAUCAAAGAAGACGAUGGAAGCGCCUGUCUAUAUCAGUGGUCCAUGUCUCAGCAGCAGUGGAUCAAAGUCGGACAGGUUGUGGAUUCGGCCGCCUCGAGUGGGAAGACAGCGUACAAUGGGAAAGAGUACGACUAUGUGUUUGACAUUGACAUUGAGGACGGCAAGCCUCCACUCAAGCUACCGUUUAAUGUCACACAAAACCCUUACGAUGCAGCCACGAAAUUCCUUCAGGACCACGAACUCCCCAUGUCGUAUCUUGAAGAAACGGCGAAUUUCAUCAUCAAGAACACCCAGGGUGCGACGCUGGGGCAGUCAGCGCCAACGGGAGCUGAUCCUUGGGGGACGGAGAAUCGAUACCGACCUGGCGAUGUUCCCACGUCGUCAUAUCAACCACCACCACCGCCAUAUGCGCCUACCAGACGAACCCUUCCUCAAAAGCAGUAUCUCUCUGUCGUGAUUGGAAAGCCCUCAGCCGCCAUGACGCAAAUCAUCAAGAAAAACACCGAAUACGCUGCCAGUGAAAUGAGCCUUCAACCUCAGGAACUCCAAGCACUGUCAGAUGUCGCGCAACAGCUCGAGAAAUACAACUUCUCUAGCCCUCCAUCAUUACCUCCCUCACCCUCCCUUAAAUCUGCCAUCCCGGCCCUGCUGAAGAUAGCGACUCAAUGGCAACCACCCGCCAACCGACUAGCUGGACUGGAUCUUCUUCGAUUCAUUGCUGCCGCAGCAAAGGAAUUUCCAGUGGAGAAUGUCGAUGGCCUCGACGUCGUGGCGGGAAUCCUGGGGAGCGGCAUCUUUGACGAGUCUUUUGUGCGUACCAACAACAAAUUGGGCAUGAUUGCCAUGCGUUUCUUCUCGAAUCUGAUGUACGGGUCACCUGCUGGAAGGGAACUUGUCAAAGAAAAUGUCGACAACAUCGUCGAAAGCCUCAAGCCACUUGCACAGUAUGCAUCGUCGGAUGUUUCGGUGGCCAUCGCACUUACAACGCUGUAUCUCAACAUUACCGUCCUAGUCACGACUUCGACUUCGAGCGAUGCCGACAACAACGCCAGCCAUGCGCUUGACCUAUUAGGAGAGCUCUCCAAACUCGUGUCCUCGUUCCCUGCGGUGAACCACUCUGCCUCGUCCAGCAAUCCUGCUUCGCAAUCCACGGAACCAGCAUAUCGCUCCCUUGUGGCAUUGGGGACCAUCCUAGUGCGAUUCUCGGGCGCGGAUAUGAAGUCUGCCGCGGAGCUUUUUGAUGUGCCAGUGGCGUUGAGGAAGUUGAAGGAGGGCAAGUACUUGGAAGAACCAAGAUUUCAGACUGUUGUUGCAGAGAUUGAAGGGGCGUUGAGAUGA